AUGGCGUCUUCAAGCGUGGGAGCUUCGUCGGGGUCUACCGGCGGCGCUCUGAUGAGGAACUCCAGCUCGGAGGAAGAUCUGAAUCUGGGCUUGAUGGACGAGAGGAAGCGGAAGAGGAAGCUCUCCAACAGGGAGUCGGCGCGCCGAUCCAGGAUGCGGAAGCAGAACCACCUCGACGAGCUGUCGGCUCAGGUGGCUCAGCUCACCAAGGACAACGCCGAAAUCGUCGCCAGCGUGAACCUCAAGACCCAGCUCUUCCUCGGCGCCGAAGCCGAAAACUCGGUCCUCCGCGCCCAAGCCGCCGAGCUGAGCCAUCGGCUCGACUCGCUCAAUGAAAUCGUCAACUACGUCGACUCCCUCCGAUACGCCGCCGUUCCCGCUCCCACCCCCACCCCCACCGCCGCCGGUGGUGCUACCGGCGCUACUACUGCUCUUGAGGCUGCGGACGACUGUUUCAUGAUGAUGAACAAUGAAAACCCGUGGAGCUGCUCGGCUUUCCAGCCGGUGAUGGACAUGGUUAUGUACUGA